AUGAAGUUCUUUUACCCUCUCGCUCUGGCCCUCGCCGCCGUCGUUGCCGCCGCCGAUGACGACUGCGAUGCCGCUCCCAUUGUCGAGGCCUGCCUGUCCAGCGAGAACGUAAAGGUCAAUGACUGCAACUCCACCGACUACGACUGCCUCUGCGCUGCCUACCAGGCCGUCGCCACCUGCUACAACAACUGCCCCAAGGACCCCCGCGCCGCGCCGGCCCAGGGCCAGGUCACAAUCUUCUGCCAGGAGGCCUCCCUUUACGGCUCCGCCGCCAUGCGCAAGACCCAGUCCGUCGCCGCGGCCACCGGUUCCGCCUCCGCUGCCGUCGCUACCAAUUCGGCCACGGCCACGGCCACCGCCGCUUCAGGCACCGCCUCCUCCACCGCGUCCGCCAGCUCCAGCACCAGCACACCCAACUUGGGCGUUGGCCAGCUCGCCCGCAACACCGGCGGCGUCCUCCUCGCUGUUGCUGGUGUUGUUGCCGCCGUUCUCUAA